CCCACGUCCACGUCGAAGUCCUGAACAAUAAGAGUUUUUAGUCUUAGAGACCCCACGACGUCCUCGACAAUAAGAGCACGAGAUUCAAAAUUGUUAGUCGUAAUCUUUCAGAAUUAUAACGUUAAGCUGACCAGACCGUGCCUUCUGCAGAGACGAUCCUUGAAGACGAGGGCCAUUGCAUUAUUGAAAAGAACAAGAAGCAUCAACAAAAAAUGGCAGCUCAAGGUCCAGUUGCUUGCUCAUGCAAGCUGACGUAUUUUCCUAUUGCGGGAGCCUGCGAGAAAGUUCGUCUUACAUUUCACAUGUGCGGUAAGGAAUUCGAAGACAAUCGUAUCGCAUUCAAAUAUGGCCGGUUUAAAGGUAGUGGUAGGUAUCUUAGAACACUUAGACAUCAACAAGAUGAAACAAGUUAGUAGAAGUCUUGUCGUUCUGUUAUCGUCAUUUGAGACGAGUAGUUUGUAGUGCCAAGAAGUAAUUUGUCAGAAGAAACAGAGCAACAGGAUAUCCUUCUACUCGAUGAUUAUAUGAUGACUAGUUACUAGUACUUACGUAGUAAGUAGAGGAAGUGCCAGUGGACCAACGGUCUUCUUCUAACCUAAAGAUUGGUCUAGUUUGAAGCCGUCUACACCCUAUGGGCAGAUACCGGUCCUGCAAAUAACCUAUGAGGAUGGACGAGUGCAUGAGUUUGCGCAAUCUGGAGCAAUGGUCACAUGUUAUGGCGAGUUGAAGAAGACAAACAUAUAUUGUGAUAUAGAGUCGCAUGGAACGAAGUAGAAGUUGUAGUUCUUAGUCUAACUGUUGGUAGUCCACUUCCACAUCCUAGAGAGAAGAUCUAACUCUUGGUCGUCCGAAAUUUCGACACAACGCGAAAGUUGUAUCCAGAACACGACAUCGAGAAAGUCACACUGAUCGAAGAGGUAUAAUACCUGGCAUUGUUUGUGUUUUGGUAGACGAAGAACCAUCAAAACCAGCUAAGUAUAGUGUGAUCUUUUAGAAAUUGCUGAGGCUGAGGCACACACAUGACAAGACCACCUAGUAGUUGUACCACGCAUACUUAGUUUAGACUUAAAGCGAUCCACAUGAUUACGAUCAUUCCUCCACUAGGUUCGCGGCCUCUCAGAGGAUAUGUACCGAGCUUGGGGACCGUCGCUGUAUAUGGGAAUGGGCAGGCAUCAAAAUUUUGGUCAUCCCGAAGACUGGCCAGCCAAAGACGAGACAGUGAAAAUGCUCCGUGAAAAGUUCUUGGAAAAUGUUAUGGAGGCAUAGAAGCACCCUUUGAAUAGCAGGAAGAAGGACCUCAUUUCUUGUUUUCUACUCCAACUGUUGAGGGCCUCCAACUUUCUUUCUACUCUCGGACGCCAUCCGCCUCUAACACCAAGCUUCCGCGUUAUUGUGGUUUUCUCAAAACCCAUAUGGAAAAGAACAAUGGAGGUGCCGCAGAUCAAGGCUUCCUUUGUGGUUCAGAAGUGACUAUCGCAGACCUGAUUUGGUUACCGCAAUUGCGCUACUUCCAAGCUGGUAUUGCAGAUCAUGUUAUGCAGAAUAUUAAACUGAGAUAUUACUACAAUGAAUUUGUUCUGGACGACAAGUGUUUUUGUUGUUGUGCGGUCCGUCGGUCCGUCGCUCUGCUUAUCAGUUUUGUAACACCAGCUUUUCUAAUCCCUUGCCGAAGG